UAUACAUCCAUACAUUUGACUAAAUUCAAUCUGAUUCAUUGUUUGUUGUGACUAGUGUCUGUGUUUGUGCUUCAUAGCGCGGUUAUUUCUUUUCUAAAAUAAACAUAACUCAUUUGGGCUAUUAGGCAAAAGCCAAGAUAGUUUAAAUAGAGAGUAAAAAGUUUAACUUUGGUAGCAAUAUGGCGAAGCUGGUUCUGAAAGCUGGAAGCAGGCCACCAUGGGUGGGACUAGCUGCUGCAGUUUGGAUUCAAAUAGCUGCUGGUAAUGCCUACAACUUCCCUCUCUACUCAUCUGCUCUCAAAUCUGUGUUGGGUCUUAAUCAACAACAAGUGACUAUUCUUGGAGUGGCCAAUGAUGUUGGAGAAAACUUGAGUUUGUUUCCCGGUAUUGCCUGCAACAAGUUCCCUCCUUGGGCUUUGCUUCUUUUUGGUUCUGUCCUUUGUUUCUUUGGUUAUGGUGUUGUCUGGCUUGCUCUUACCCAAACUGUUUCCAACUUGCCCUAUAUUCUGUUAUGGCUUGCACUUUGUGUUGCAACGAAUAGCGGUGCAUGGUUCGGCACAGCCGUGCUUGUUACCAACAUGAGAAAUUUUCGUCUCAGUAGAGGCACAAUCUCUGGUAUUCUGAAAGGUUAUGUUGGGAUUAGUGCAUCUGUAUAUACAUUAAUAUAUAGCUUAUUGCUAAAAGGUUCUGCUUCUAAAUUACUCUUGUUUCUAACAAUUGGAGUUUCUACUGUGUGUUUAGUUCUGAUGUACUUCAUUAGGCCUUGUACUCCUCCUUCUGGUGAAGACUCUUCUGUUCAUGUCCAUUUUAUUUUCACACAAGCUUCAAGUAUUUUACUUGCUACAUAUCUUGUUACAACCACAAUACUAAGCGACAUGAUUUCAAUCAAUGAUUCUGUUUCCUACAUCUUAGUUUCCAUAAUGAUCAUAUUUAUGAUAACUCCCCUUGCAAUUCCUUUGAAAAUGACUAUAUUUCCCGCCAUUCAAAAAACUAAUGUUCCAUUAGUUGGAAGUGAGGUUUCAGUUUCAACACAAGCAAGUCCAUUGAUUGCAUCCUCAUCUACUUCAGCUGCGUAUGUUGGAAGUUUUCAUGAAAAUGAGGAUACUUCUUCGGAUGUUGAGAUACUAAUUGCAGAAGGGGAAGGGGCGGUGAGGAAGAAAAGGAGACCAAAAAGAGGAGAUGAUUUUAAGUUCAAAGAAGCUAUAGUCAAGGCUGAUUUCUGGCUACUUUGGUUUGCUUAUUCUUUAGGUGUUGGCUCCGGAGUAACUGUUGUCAAUAAUUUGGCUCAAAUUGGAAUUUCUUUGGGUGUAGAAGAUACAACCAUAUUGCUUUCAGUCUUCAGUUUUUGCAAUUUUAUCGGCCGUCUUGGUGCUGGCGCUGUCUCUGAACACUUUGUUCGGUCGAAAACACUGCCUAGAACAUUUUGGAUGUCAAUCACACAAGUAACUAUGAUCAUAGCAUUUUUGCUUUAUGCUUCAGCUCUAGAUGGAACUCUUUAUGCUGCAACAGCUUUACUCGGAAUGUGCUAUGGAGUUCAGUAUUCUAUAAUGGUUGCAACUGUUUCUGAGCUAUUUGGUUUGAAGCACUUUGGUGUAAUUAGCAGCUUCAUGAUGCUAGGAAAUCCAAUUGGUGCACUUGUUUUUUCUGUUUUCCUUGCUGGAAAUUUGUAUGAUACAGAAGCCGCAAAACAAGGAAACUCCACUUGCUACGGUGCAAAUUGCUUCAGAGUCACUUUUCUAGUACUGGCCGGUGUCUGUGGAAUUGGUACCAUUUUGAGUAUAAUUUUGACAGUUAGAAUAAGAGCAGUAUAUCAAAUGCUGUAUGCAAGCGGUUCUUUUUGUCAGUCGCGGAGAAUUUUCUGCCAGGCACAAUGCUUGCCAAGUUUCUGUAGCAACUAUUCAAUGACCAUAUAGAGACUACUUUAAACAUAUCUAUGGCUAUCAUGUUAUGAGUUUCUAUGUUGUAACUAGAUAAAAAAGUUGAAAUAUUAUAGAUUUUAAAAAACUAAGAGAUGAAAAUAGAAUUUUCUUAAUUAAAUGGAAAAAGUUAUAUAUUUUUGGGAAAAAAAUUAGUAAUAUAUAAUAAAAAGGAGAAAAGAGGUAUAAAAUAGUUUGUGUUGCCACAAUUUUAGCCAACCAUCGAAUGAAAGAGGUUGUUGUGAAUGAUUCUAUUCCAUUCGAUUUCCAAAACCCCCAAUUGUAAAAAUAUGGUAGCUGAGGCGGAUGUUACCGUUUCCGGCAAAGAAGCCGUCGGCUUGAUAUUCACAUACGGAACGUUAAAGCGAAACUUCUCGAACCACCCACUUCUCCAAGACCUAAUCCUGAAUGGCGACGCAUCUUUCAUCGGAACCUACCGCACCGUCCAGAAUUACCCUCUUGUAUGUGGCCCCUACCGUGUGCCGUUCCUUCUCAACAUUCCUGGGUCGGGUCAAUCUGUGUACGGAGAGCUGUACUCCGUCUCCGCGGACGGGCUUUCCAGAAUGGACGAACUGGAAGGAACCUCACGCGGUCAUUACGAGCGUCUCCCUAUCAAGGUGGUUCCUUCCGGCGAGGAGAUAGAGGCGAAGAUAACUUGCGCCGAGGCAUAUUACGCGCAUGAGAGCUACGCGAUGGAGAUGUGGAACAAGAAUGGAAAACAAGGGCUCAAGUGUUAUACAGAGAAAGAAACAAUUGGGUAUGUGAAGCGUAAAGAUAGACCUCAACAUUUAACUUUCCUUGAUCAUAUUCGAUUGUUCCUUUCUGAUUGAUGCCAUGCCACAUAAAAUUCAAACAAAAUACUAGUCUAUAGGGUUUAUUAUGUAUUUCCGAA